GGUCACACUGCUUCUCGGACAAUAACAAUUUUGCAAAUAAAAAUAAACCAAAAAAACUCUGGAAACCCCAUUAAAACGUUGCUAUGGGCGUGACUGUGCUACAAGCGUAUCCUAUGCCCGAAAAUAAAGCUGGAGCCCAUAUCAUCGAUUAUCUGAGCAAGCGUCUGCUGUCGCUUGGCGCUACGCAUGCCGGCCAAUUCCUGGUCGACUGCGAGACCUUCAUUUCGACCCCGCAGCCGCACAAUGGGACACCGGGAAGGGCGGUGCAUGUGCUGCACAACUCCGAGUAUCCCGCCUCGACAUUUUCAAUCAUCGACAGUGGCACGGGGAAGCAGGUCAGCCUGGUGGCCGACAGCAUAUUCGAUCUGCUGAUGCUCAAAAUGACCAACACAUUCACCUCCAAGAAGCAGACAAAGAUCGAGUCACGUGGCGCCCGGUUUGAGUACGGCGACUUUGUGAUCAAGCUCGGCUCCGUCACCAUGAUGGAGCACUUCAAGGGCAUCCUCAUCGAGAUCGAGUACAAGUCCUGCAUGAUACUGGCCUACUGCUGGGAGAUGAUACGCGAGAUGCUGCAGGGUUUCCUCAACAUCAAUGUGGGCAAGGACUUCCCCUCGUACUUUGCCCCACAGACCAUCAUGACGCCCAUGGGCCAGCAGCAGAUGCAUGCCAAGCACAACGACAUGUACGAGGCCACGGAUACGGUCAAGCAGUAUCUUGAGCAGUUCACCAACUACCGGAAGCAUGUGUCCAUGCACGGCUCCGUCAGCGGCGGCAUACAAGGAGGACUGGGAGGACAACAGCAGCAGCCCGUCCACAUGUCCCCCUCGCCGGUGAUGGGUGCGGCUGGGGGCCUUGGCAUGAUUCGACCCUGAUGCGAGGUCAAGCUGGAGCCGCCCGAUGCUCCUGCAGCGACACUGGAAACUGACUGACGUUGCACGAUGCAUUGAACAGAGAAACAGCUACUUAAUAAUACUUUUUAAUGUAUAUUUUAACACAAUAGUUGUAUGUAUUAUAAAUGAAUCAAAAUUCUCAUUCAAGUCCAUAUUAAUGAGGAACUCCAGGAGCAUUCGCUGAGUGUACUUCAAUGUUUGUUUGAAUGAA